GGCAAAAAUUUCUCACUACAUUAUUAUUUAUUACACAUUUCAGCUGUUCAAUUUCCAAUAAGUGAGAAACUAACUGUUGACGAUAUUUACGAUAGGAGAACAGGAAAACCAAAAACUGAUAUUCUAAAAGAACAUUUCAUUAAGGAAGGACGUGUUCACGAAGAUGUAGCUUUACGAAUAAUAACGGAAUGUACUGCAAUUUUUCGGCAAGAGAAAACAAUGUUAGAUGUCGAAGCGCCUGUAACCGUUUGCGGUGAUAUUCACGGGCAAUUUUAUGAUUUAAUGAAAUUAUUCGAAGUUGGUGGUUCACCAGCAACAACCAAAUAUCUUUUCCUUGGUGAUUAUGUUGAUCGAGGAUACUUUUCGAUUGAAUGUGUGCUCUAUUUAUGGGCUUUGAAAAUAAUUUAUCCAACGACUCUAUUUUUGCUGCGCGGUAAUCAUGAAUGUCGACAUCUCACGGAAUAUUUUACCUUUAAACAAGAAUGUAAAAUUAAAUAUUCGGAAAAAGUUUAUGAUAGCUGCAUGGAAUCUUUUGAUGCGUUACCUCUUGCAGCGCUUAUGAAUCAACAGUUUCUUUGUGUUCAUGGCGGAUUAUCACCGGAAAUUCAUACUUUAGAUGAUAUUAAAAAGUUGGACCGUUUCAAGGAGCCUCCAGCCUUUGGGCCAAUGUGUGAUUUGCUAUGGUCUGAUCCACUCGAAGAUUUUGGUAAUGAAAGGAAUUCUGAACAAUUUUCGCACAAUUCUGUGCGUGGAUGCUCGUAUUUUUACAGCUAUGCAGCUUGUUGUGACUUUCUGCAUCAUAAUAAUCUUUUAUCAAUAAUCCGUGCCCAUGAAGCUCAGGAUGCUGGGUAUCGUAUGUAUCGAAAAUCGCAAGCAACUGGUUUUCCAUCUUUAAUAACAAUCUUUAGCGCACCUAAUUAUUUAGAUGUAUAUAAUAAUAAAGCAGCGAUUUUGAAAUAUGAAAAUAAUGUAAUGAAUAUUAGACAAUUUAACUGCUCUCCGCAUCCAUAUUGGUUGCCUAAUUUUAUGGAUGUUUUUACGUGGUCUUUGCCAUUUGUUGGAGAAAAAGUAACUGAGAUGCUCGUUCAUAUCUUAAAUAUAUGUUCUGAUGAUGAGCUGAUGGCAGAUUCAGACGAUACAUUCGAAGGUGGUGUGCCAUCUGCGCGAAAGGAGGUUAUACGUCAUAAAAUAAGAGCAAUUGGAAAGAUGGCUCGUGCUUUCUCUGUAUUAAGGGAGGAAAGCGAAUCAGUAUUGCAGUUGAAAGGACUUACUCCAACUGGUAAUUUGCCAUUGUUCACUCUGCAAGAAGGGCGGCGUGGCAUUCAAGAGGCGUUGUCCGGUCUUGAGCCUGGGCAUCGAAUACAGUCCUUCGAUGAAGCAAAACGUUUAGACAAGAUCAAUGAACGAAUGCCACCGAUGGCUGCCACAUCACAACCACCUUCACCAUUGGCAAAUUCUUCUCGUAGAACAUCAUCAAAUCUGUCGAAUAGUUCGAAUAAUUAA